AUUUAUCCGAUGGCGACCCCUCGCUUCCAAGUGCUUUGGUACGUGCCGAAUGUUAUAGGUUACAUCAGGCUUGCCCUGCUAUUGGCUGCCUGGUUGACCUUUGACAUCCCAAUGCUGUUUCUCCCAUUCUACACAACAUCCAUAAUCCUGGAUGGUAUAGAUGGCUGGGCAGCCAGGAAACUGAACCAAGUGUCAGCAUUUGGAGCUUGGUUGGAUGUUGCAGUGGACUGUGUAGGAAGAUCUCUUCUGUGGUGUUGUCUUUAUCAGUGGGGAUUCUUCAUUGCCUGUUUGGAAUGGCUGGUGUUUGUGUGUACCCACAACAUGGGCCCAGCCUGGCGGUCUACUACCGCCCCCUGGUGGGUGGAGGCAGUCAUGGCAAAAGGUUUCAAGACUCCAGCAGGAACGUUUGCUAUCACAGGACUCCAUGUCCUGCCUCUAUGGCUGUAUGGCCAUGUGAAAGGUGUGCAGUUAUACAGCUGGCACCUCCCUCCCACAGUCCACUACACAGCAAUCCUCCUGCUGGCUGCAGGCAGAGCGUUGUGUGUUCCAGUUGAGCUCUGGUUUGUGUGGAACCAUGUUCAUUUCCUGAUCAGUGAGAAACCAGGCCCAGCCACCUGACACAGCCACUGACCCAGGCACCAGAUAGACCCAGG